AUGGAGUGUAAUCUUUUAUGGAUAGGCUGCUCUAGUUUGGAAUCGAGGGCCCUCACUCUCUUUCUUUGGGUCUCCACUGGAUUACAGCUUCCUUGGGCAUCCACCGUCUCCAACGUGAGCAUUGAGCAUCAUCGCAGCCAAAUUGAAAAUGAGAAGAAAGCAAUAAGAAGACAGCAACUUAAGGAAGCUUUCCCCUUCAACCCUCUGAUGAAAUCAUUCCUUGGCUUUCUCCAGGCCCAGCCAGCAGAUACCAAGAAAUACUUCCUGCAGUGGAUGAAGGUCUUUAUGCACGAGCUGUCUUGUGGUCGCCUUGAAGAACUGAGGCGAGACUAUCACGAGUUAUGGUCUGAAAACCUGGCAGGAAAGAAAAGCAAGAAAAAACCCAGUGGCAAUGAUGAGUUGCUGAGUCGCUUGGAUGCCCUCUCUGAUGAAAUCAACCAUUUAUCCAUUGGCCUGGAGCACCUUCUGAGAGAGGUGGGGCAGAUUUAUGAGGCUCUGGAAUUUAUAAGCUCCGAGACUGAGAGUUUUGUCAAACUGCCAGAAAUUGCAGCAGAGCUGAUGGUUUCAGGGUAUCCCGUGGAGCUGAUGGAUGGGGACGCUUCUUACCUGCCCUUGCGCUGGGUGGGCGCAAUCUUUGACAGCUUAAUUGAGAGGCUGGGGGACAAACGAGUGUUUGUGCUCUCCGUGCUCGGCGUCCAGAGCACAGGCAAGUCCACCCUGCUGAAUGCCAUGUUUGGUCUGCAGUUCAACGCCAGCGCGGGGCGAUGCACCCGCGGAGCCUUCAUGCAGCUCAUCCCAGUCAGCGAGCAGCUGCAGCGAGACUUGGGCUUUGAUUUUGUGCUGGUGGUUGACACAGAGGGACUUCGUGCCAUCGAGAUGGCCGAUAAACCGUCCCUGAACCAUGACAACGAGCUGGCCACCUUUGUCAUUGGUGUUGGCAACUUGACUGUGAUCAAUAUCGUUGGAGAAAAUCCGUCAGAAACGCAAGAUGUUCUCCAGAUUGCUGUGCAGGCUUUCCCGAGGAUGAAGAAAGUCAAUCUUUCCCCAAGCUGCCUCUUUGUCCACCAAAACAUGGGAGAAGCCACUGCCAGGGAGCAGAACAUGGAAGGACAACGGCGUUUGCAGGAAAAGCUGGAUGAAAUGACUGUGGUAGCUGCUCAGCAGGAAUUCUGUGGCGUCUCCUUCAGUGAUGUCAUUGGCUUUGAUGUGAACACCCACAUUCACUACUUUGCUCACCUGUGGGUAGGAAACCCCCCAAUGGCACCACCCAACCCCACCUACAGCCAGAACGUCCAGCAACUAAAGAGCAAAAUCUUCCAGGCUGCCAGGAAGGAGUCACAGCGCAGCAUUUUGAGGCUCUCGAGCCUGAAAGAUCGUAUUGGUGACCUCUGGAAUGCUUUGCUGAAUGAAAACUUUGUUUUCAGCUUCAAGAAUUCCCUGGAGAUUGCUGUGUACAGGAAACUGGAAAGUGCCUUUAGUCAGUGGACCUGGAGGCUGAGGAGUCACAUCUUAGAUGUACAGAUGAGACUGGACAACAAAAUUCGGAAUGGGGACUGGCAGAAUGUCACCAGAGAGCACCUUGAAGGGCUGGUGCAAGAGACGAGCGAUGCCAUUGAGAAAGACGUGGACAAGUAUUUCAGGGAAGACGAAGACCAUGAGACGCUGGUCCAGUGGAAAUCAGGCACAGAGCUGAAGUUGAAAGAAUUAAAAGAAGCUCUUCUUCAUGAAACAAAAAAGAAAUGUGAGAAUCUUAUUGAGCUACAGAAGGAGCAGAAGAAACUGGAUGCAAGGAAGUUGGAAUAUAAAGAUGAGCUCCUGAGAAGGAGUCGGGAGUGGGCUGUGAGUCUGAAAGGGAAGAGCCUCAGUGAGAGAGAGCUGAAGCACAGCUUUACCCGUGCUUUGAAGAAGUGGAUUGCCAAAGUCUCCUGUGCUGCUCCUCGUCCAGAAUGGGUGGAUAUCGAUGCAGAAAUUGAAGAUGUCCUUUUAGAGCACUUUAAGGAGCCGGGUUUCCAUGCACGGAUCAGGUCAUUUCCCAGAGGCAGAGGGUUUUCUUUUGACAUGAAGAAACACAUGAUGAAGAAAAAGCAUCAUCCCUUUUCCAAAGAUUUCUGGAGCAUUUCCAAUGCUGAUGCGCUCAAUUUCCAGCACAUCACAGACAACAUCAUAGAGUGUGUGAAGACAAAUAUUACUAAGAAGGAAGAGGAGAAACGCGAUUACAGCAGAAAUUUUAUUCAUGAAAUACUCGAUGAAGUGCAGAAAGGUGUGAACUCUGUCCCCAGCGACGGAAAUUGUACUUUUACCAGAGAGUACAGCAUAGAUUUGUCUCUGUAUCUGUGCACAAUGGCAGCAGAAAGGUUUAAAGCCAUGCACGAAGCAUUCCAAAUGGCAAAUGACCCAGUUGUGUACCUGAGAAGCAAGAGAGAAGAUUUCUUCCAAUGUUUCCAGAUUUCCUGCCAAGGAGCCACUUCUGUCACAACUUUUGCUGUUUUCCUUUGUCACAAGAUUGAACCAGCUCUUCGCCAGGCGGUCUAUGAGAGGGCAGCUAAAGACAUCGCUGAGGACAUGCAGGGAAAAUUCCCAGAUUUCCAGGGCAGCAGAGCCACUCUGGAAGUUUGCAUACUGAGAUACCUGGCAGAAAAGGAAAAGUUUUCGUAUUUCAAGCAGUACCUUAGAUCUCCAAAACAGUUUUGUGAGAUGUACAUUGAGACACGAGUUAGGAGGCACUGUUUGGAUGGGACUAGGAGUCUGACGAUGUUUUUAGAUUCCUCCCUUGAUCUUCUCUUUCAAAACAUCCUGUCAGCUGUUUCUUUAUCAACCCGAGUUGUCAAAGACAGAAAAGACAGAGAAGACAAAGUCUCUCUCUGGCUGGAUGAAUUUUGCAGGGAACUGUCAGAGGUGAUGAACUUGCCCAGAAGUGAGCUGAAGUGCAUCGAGCACCAGGAGGUCACAGACAUUGAGUUCCUGAGCAGUGCCAUGGCAGAAGCUCUGGAAGACCUGAGGGACAGGCUCAGGGAAGAACUGGCUGGGGCUGACCUGACCUCGUUUUCAAGGCAGCCUCACACCAUCCUGGCGGAGCAUUUUUCGGGAUGCAGGGCACAGUGCCCCUUUUGUGGGGCUGUCUGCACAAACACCAUGCGGAAUCACGAUGGAGAUCAUCAAGUGGCCUUCCAUCGCCCACGAGCUUUGAAGGGACUCAUGAGGUGUACAUGGGAAACCGACAACAAGUAUGAGCCAGAUGAACUGGCCAUUGACAUUUGUUCCAGCCUUGUUGCAAGUGACGGUGACUUCAGAGUUGGUGGUGGCCAACACAUCCCCUACAAGACAUACCGGGAUGCUGGACCUCCUUAUUCCACUUGGAACAUCCUUCCUGAUCCAUCCACGCAGGCGUACUGGAAAUGGUUUGUGUCUCGUUUCAGGACACAGCUGGAAUCUUGGUGCAAUGGGAAAUUUCAGGGCAAAGGAGAAAUCCCUGAGGCGUGGCGGAGAAUUACCAAGCAGGAAGCACUGUCCGAGCUGGAGGAGCACUAG